UACAUAAUAAUUUCACUGACCACUUGUAAUUACUAUGUCGGACUUAACUUUUGUUUUGGGAUUAGCUUUAACUGUUUUCAUGACAGUUUUAUUCUUACAAUGGCUUCUUCAAAAUAAAGAAAAGAAGUAUCCAAAAGGGCCAGCUGGGUUUCCAAUUGUUGGACACCUUCCAUUGUUUGGAAAAUACCCACCGAAAACUUUCCUAAAAUGGUGGAAUUCUUUUGGUGACGUGUUUUCUAUCAGACUUGGAAGCUGGAAUACUGUUGUUGUCAAUGGUUAUAAUGCAGUGAAGGCGGCUGCCGAGCAUCCUGACGACGCAUUCAGCGGAAGACCAAAUUUUCUGACCAUGGAAAUCUUGAGCGAACGUACCAAAGAAGAUAGACUCGCUUUUGGUAAUUUUUCACCAGUUUAUCUUAAACAAAGAAAGUUGGCCUCUAAAGCUUUACGUAUGUUUACAUCCAAGCGAUCCGAAGUAAUUGAAGAAUUAGUUACAAGUGAGACUAACGUAUUUGUAGAUAUUUUGGUAAAAAAAUACAAUAGAAAUGCCGGUUUAAUAGAACUGGAUGUUCAAACAUUAGUUACUAAGAUAAUUUACCAGUUUCUUUACGGACGAGGUAAAACUGUUGAAGUUGAAAGGCACGUGAAAACAAUAAUAGAAUUUCUUGAAGAAUUUAAUGAGUUGUCUGGAAAUGGGAGUUCAUUGGACGUGUUACCAUGGCUACAGUAUAUCAUGCCAUGGAAGGUUGAAGCGAUUCGGAAGAAUACCGCACGAUCAGACGAUCUUGUAACAGAGCAAGUACACCAACAUUAUGACACAUUUGUUCCAGGAAACAUUAGAGAUGUAGCGGAUGCAAUUAUUGCCAGUGACGCUGAUGAUGAAGAAAAUAAAGAUAGAUAUGUGUUAACAAGAGCUAGACUGAAUCUUACACUUGCAGAUUUACAAGACGCUGGCGUUGAUACAACGCACAAAACGUUGUUGUGGCUGUUUCUCUACAUGGCGAAAUUCCCCGACGUUCAAGAAAAAGUUUUUACAGAGAUCAAAGAUAUAGUUGGAACCAACAGGAGUGUAAUGCUGAAGGACAAACCCGAACUGGUCUUCACAAAUGCUGUCCUUCUAGAAGUCAUGCGAUUUGUUAGCCAAGUUCCUUUUUCAAUUCCACAUUACGCAAUGAAGAAUGCUAAGAUACAAGGUUUCGAUGUGGAUAAGGACACAGUGGUAAUUUUCAACCUCUAUUCUGUUCAUCACGAAAUUUCAUUCUGGGGAGAUCCGGAAAUCUUUCGUCCGGAACGAUUUAUAUCCGAUAGAAAAAGCCUUGAUAAAGAAAAAUGCAAUCAUAUUUUCGCCUUUGGUCGCGGUAGACGCCGCUGUGUUGGAGAAAUUCUCGCGCAGAUGAAUCUAUUUAUUUCGUUUUCCAAUGUGAUGCAGAAAUGUAAAUUUAUAAAACCAGCAGAUGAACAGCUGCAUAUAACUCCCAUUCCUGGACUUGUUUAUACGCCCAAACCGUACAAAGUGCUUGUACAAGAACGAAACUAACGUUUCGUUAAACUUCAAAUACGUAUAUGUAUCGUAUUUAACUACAUCCAUUGAAAUUAAAUUGUAUUUAUUAAAAUACUAUUUUUGGUUUAUUGGAAUAUUAUAUGCAUUUUACAACACAUGUACACCAAUAUAUUUUCAGUAGACAGAAUACAGCAGCUUUGUCAUACAUUUGUAACUGAGUAUAACAUGAGUUGUCACUAAUUAACAGUGCUAUUUUAUUUUAUAUGAAAAUAUAAUCAGACACCAUUUUUUACCUUGUUCCUAUUGUUAAAUCGACACAUUUAAAUCCUCAUAGAAUUUCAUUUUUUUAUUUUAUAAAAGGCUUUGUUGUAGGUUUGGUAUUUAAAUAUAUAAAUGCAAACAUGCUUUUUGAGAAAGGGUCAUUGUAUGUAAAUCAAAGACAUUCCGAAAUGCUGAAUGAACUAGUAAAUAUCGAAAUUUUACUUACAUUAAGGAUUAACGUCUACUGACGCCAUACAUAUCCUCCGUUUUAUGGGUGUGAAAUUUGUUAAUAUACUAAAAAAUACGUUUUUAUGGACUGUUCCUUACAUGGUGACAAUGGUGUCAAUGUUGUUGCAAGGGAUGUUGUUCUUAAAACCUUUGAGCAAUCAUCUUAAUGUAUUUUAUUUUCUUAAAAAUGCAAAGGAUGAUAUUCCAAAAAUGUAAUUGAAAUUUGACUUUUGAAAAGUUAAAUUUUUUAAAGUAUUUACAAUUUCUGAAGAAGUGCAGACAUUUUCAAAAAGAAAUCGAUUGCUCACAUAUCUAUCUAAAGUACAUUUUAGAUUCGUGUUCAUUAAUUAUUUCUUAUCCAGCAACUGUUCAACUCUUCCCCCAGCUUAUUCAAAGUAAUUUAUUUUUGUUUUUUUUUUGUCUAUAGAUAUCCUAAAACGGUAACAAUGACGUCAUUAUCCAAUAAAACUGAUAAUAAUGUAGUUUUAUUUGCAAUGAAUUAUUUCUGUUUGUCAUUUUACCCUUAAAUAGAACAGAAUAUUUAUUUCCCUAUGUUACGGUUUGUCUGUUAAGCUCAAAAAUAUCUUCUUUCUUAUUUAGCUAAAUAGUGUUGUUUUCAGACACGCACUUUAUAUUAUGUUUAUGAACAAUUCAUUUAAAUAAUUGCCUCCACAUAAUCUGUGAUAAAUAACUUUUCAAAUUGCCAUUUUGAGGGAAUAGCGGAAGUUUUUUUUCUUUUUGUAAUAAGAAAAUGUUGCAUAGGGCCUGCUACAAGAAAUGUACGAGGGAUUAUCCAAAAAUUCGUGGUCUUUCUUUGUUGAGUAAAAGAUAUUUGAGAUAUUGCUGCUUAGAGGAAUUUUAUAUUACAAAUAAACACAGACAAAUU